UCCCAUUUCCACAAGCAGAGAAAGAUCAACGCUGUUGAUGUUUACAUAUCGAAAGCGGUCUCAAUGCAACAGUCCCAUGAGUCAUCACCAGCUGGCCUCAUGUCCAUGAAUAGCCACGCCGAUCUUAAAACACACAGCGCGUCUAUUUUAAGAGCCUUCAUUUGGGUUUAAAUGCGCGUUUAAUCUGGGAUGCCAUAAACAUUAGCAUUGUGCCUUUGAAGCACAAAGGAGAUUACAGUGACUGGGUAGCUAUUUUGGCUCACAUGCAAGGUUUCGCUUUACGAGAAGGUUUCUUUUUCCCCCAAUGAUAUUCUCUCUGUGAGCUAUUUUUAGUCUGUCUCCUUGUAAUGUAAUGUAAACCAUUAGAUUUCAGAUUGGAAGAAUGAGACGGCUACAUGUCUAACUCAUUUUCAUUGCGGGCUAAAUGGUCGUUAGUUUCCCUCAGAGUGCCGUUAUGACUGUCAAAAGUCAUCAAAUGUUGAGUCAACUCAUAAUGUUAUGACAUAAACUGUAUACACAUUUCACCUCUGUUGUUCAUGUAUUUUCAACAUCAAAUUCAGGUGCCAUGGAAAAAAGUGGCAAGCUAUAUUUUAGUAGACACUAUUUUCCAAUUUAGAAGAAGGGUGGUGGUGAAAAUAAUGCCAGGUCUGUCUCUUUUUUGUUUUCCCCCCUGUUAAGUGCAUGGACUCAUGGUCAACAACAAGGCACUCUAAAACAGCCAUGCCAACCCGUAGCCUCAUUCCAGAUGCAUAGCUGUCAAGUCGGCUUUUCCUUUUCUUUCUUUUUUUUUUUUAAUAUAAACCCUCCCCCCUCACCCGUGUCACUCUUCCUGUUGUCACCGCUCGGCAGGCACACGAGCGCUUUUUAAUCGCAGAUGGUGAAUCACACGAGAAGCGAGGCGAGCGGCCUCUUUUCACUGGCACCUCUCUUACGAUGCCGUGUUCUGCUCUCCAAGUGCGCGUCAAACAGAAAGCUUUCAAGAGCAAGCAAGUGGGAGGGGGUUGGGUAGGGGUGGGGGGAGAUUUCCUUUCUUCAGUAAGAAGGGUGGCGGAGGAGAAUGUUCAAGAUGGGAGAGUACAUUUAAUCUUGCUUGCAGGACGUUCGUUCGUAUGGCAAUUAUGCAGGAGAGCGACUUGAGACGACCUGAGCGAGCGCCAGAGUUUGCGUUGAGUGGAAGCUCGUAGCGCAAGAAAAGCAUCACAAACGUGUGAUUGAAAGAUUACUUUUCACUGUGCUUGCCAUUUUGUGACCAACUAUAAAAGGGUCAAUGGUAAUUCAUCUUUUGGAAUUUAUCGUCGAGCGGCAAUUUGGGAGCCAGACUAACGUGUCAGCGUGCGUGACUGUAGAUCAAUGGAGGGGUGUGACAGUACAUAUUUAUAUUUAUCUGCAGCUAAUAUUUGUGGGGGAUCUGAAAUAUUCAUAGCGUUUUCAUCAAGCACAUAAGUAGCGUGACAUCAUAGCGGCGAGACAUUGCAUAAUAAGCACAAUGAAUAAUGACCGUGAAAUGAUGGCCUUAAGUGCUUUCCUCUGCAAAUGACUUCACUCUGUUUAGCAAAACAUUAUUUCACAUCCUUUGGACAUGUUGACUGACGUCACGAGGCAUCUCGGAACGUUACGUGCCGCGGCUGCUGCUGCUAGGUGACUCGUUUCCGUGGCAACUGCCAGCUGUGAAUACAGCCCAUCUCAAUCAUGUGUCCCCAAAAGCGACAAUGAGCAUCAGCGUGAAGGUUCCCGAGGCAAAAGAUUUGGGAGACACAGAGUUCUUCCACUUCCCGUCCCCCACUCUGAAGCACAAAUGACCACAUAUAGGUCGAAAGUGCUCUGUCGCGCUGUCUCCACGGCCAUUCAUGUUGUUGGACUACUGCUGUCGAUGUUGUGGAUUCACUCUCAUCAAGCGCCAUGGAGCCGUCUCGCUCAAGGCCACACCCAGUGACACCUGGGUCGUCCUGCAGAACCUGCUGAUGUGCAUGGUGUGCUUCUACUCUCUCUACUACAUGGUGGUCAGCCUCUGCAUCGGCCUGCUCAGGGUUCAUGAAAUCAACAGUCUGUUGGCACCCUUUGACUACACCACACAACCGUCAUGGCAGAACCCCAAAUACCUGGUCAGUGUCAUCUCCACAGAAGUGACGUAUGUUCUGGGGGGGCUGGUGUUCGCCUGGAUCGUGGAGGAGUGGGUGUGGGACUAUGCCAUCACGGUCACGCUGUUGCAUGUGGCCAUGACUGUUGCGGUGAUGUCAGAUUUGCCCUCAACAAAGCACUGGUGGAUCGCACUCGGCUCAGGCCUGGUGAUGAUGAUAUUUGGAGGACAGAUCCUGGCCUACAAACUCUUCAGGAGCAACUUCAUCUCCCCAGCCGAGCUUCACAACUUCUGACAAGGGCACAAGAUGCUUUGCCAGUGUUUCUACUUUUUUUUUUUUUGUAAA